CGGUGAACAAACCUGGCUCGAGAGAGUGCAGUGACUCGGAAGCAAAAGAAUCAAUUAAAACUCGUCAGUCUCGUUACCUCGAUCGCCUCUUGAUUUGCGGCGAGCGGAGCCUAAGAUACAACAAUGUCGGAGAUGGACUUGCUCGACAACAUGCUCGAUUUGGCUCGUAGACUUCCCCCUGCAAACAUCGAGCAAACCGUUGCUAGCUUGGUUGAGCUGUGCCCAGAGUAUGCGGAUGAACUGCUCGGAUCGGUCGACCAACCACUUCAAAUACUCACCGAUGCAGCCACCGGACGCGAAUACCUCAUAUGUGAUUAUAAUCGUGAUGGGGAAAGCUACAGGUCGCCAUGGUCCAAUGAAUAUGAUCCCCCUCUGGAUGACGCAACAUAUCCCUCAGCGAAAAUAAGGAAACUUGAGAUUGCAGCUAACGAUGCAUUUGAUACAUACAGAGAAAUGUACUUUGAGGGCGGAGUAUCAUCUGUUUUCCUUUGGGAUCUCGACGAUGGGGGCUUCGCAGGCGUGGUUCUCUUGAAAAAGACAUUGAAUUCUGAGAAAGGAGUGACUGGUUCCUGGGACUCAAUACACGUAUUUGAGGCAUCAGAACGCGGCCCAGAGAAGGGAAAAGUAGAACUGAGUGGGAGUAUGACACGUCAAAUUGAACAAGAUGCGCCGUUGACCGAUGCAUCAUCACAUAUCUCAAACACCGGACGAAUGGUCGAGGAUCACGAGCUCAAGAUGCGAAACCUACUGCAAGAAGUAUACUUUGGAAAGACCAAAGAUGUGGUUUACGACCUUCGAAGCAUUGACAGCCUAGAAAAAGCAAGACGACAACGAGAAUUACAAAAGGAGCUGGCUGGUUUGCUGAAACGGUAGAACAUUUGACCAAGUUUCCAAUGAGUCAUUAUUGUGCAGCGUUGUUUGCGAUUGGGACUCUCUUACAUGUGUCAAACGAAUCUCGCGGAGGGGUCGGUUCUUCUCAUUUACGGGAUCCUUCUCCAUUGCAUCCAG